CGGGGCGCGGCGGGGCGCGGCGGGGCCGGGGUCUUAGGCGCUCGGGACGCGCGGGGCUGCGCCGAGCUGCGUCGUGGACAUGCGGAAGGUGGUACUGGUUACCGGGGCGACCAGCGGCGUGGGCCUUGCCCUCUGCAAGCGGCUGCUGGCGGAGAACGCGGAGCUUCGGUUGUGCUUGGCCUGCCGGAACCCGGGCAAGGCGGCCUCCGUCCGGGCCGAGCUGCUGGCCAAGUACCCGGCCGCAGAGGUCAGCAGCGUGCAGGUGGACGUCAGUGACCUGCGCUCCGUGCUGCAGGCGGCCGAGACGCUAAGGCGCAGGUUCCAGCGGAUCGACUGCGUCUUUCUCAAUGCGGGCGUCAUGCCCAACCCCCGGCUGGACAUGCGGGCGCUGGUCUCCAGCAUCUUCUCCAGGAAGGUCAUCUCCGUGUUCACCACGGCCGAGGGGCUGCUGACCCAGGAGGAGAAGGUCACGGCCGACGGGCUGCGGGAGGUGUUCGAGACCAACGUCUUUGGCCACUUCGUCCUGGUGCGGGAGCUGCAGGCCCAGCUGUGCGGCGGGGACGGGCCGGCCCGGCUCAUCUGGACGUCGUCCCGCAACGCGCGCAGGUCCAACUUCAGCCUGGACGACAUCCAGCACAGCCGCGGCCGCGAGCCCUACAGCUCGUCCAAGUACGCCAUGGACCUGCUCAGCCUGGCGCUCAACCGCCACUUCAACCAGCAGGGCCUGUACUCCAGCGUGGCCUGCCCGGGCACCAUGCUGACCAACAUGACCUUCGGGAUCCUCCCGCCGCUGCUCUGGAAGCUGCUGCUGCCCGUCAUCUGGCUGAUACGCUUCUUCGCCAACGCGUUCACGCUGACGCCCCCCAACGGGACUGAAGCGCUGGUUUGGCUGUUCCACCAGAAGCCCGAGUCCCUCGACCCCUUCACCAAGUACCUGAGCAACACCACGGGCCUGGGCAGCAACUACGUCAUGCCACAGAAGAUGGACGUGGAUGAGGAGUCGGCGCAGACGCUGUACCGCAGCCUGCUGGCCCUGGAGCGGCGCGUCCGGGCCGAGCUGGCCCUGGGCCCCGAUGGACGGGGCUGACCGCCGGGCCCUCUCCGGGGGGUGGCCCUGGGCCUCUGGGCGCCCCCGACGCUGCGCCCGGCCCCUCGGCCCCGCGGAGAGCCUUGUGCCCCAGACGCCCCCCAGCCCCCCGCUCUCAGGACCCCCGGCUGCCGCCCCCUUCCCCGCGCUCGUGUCCAGCCCGGCCGUUAGCUGCUCCCGACUCUCGCGCCCGCGUGGUCACAGGGCGGGCGGGACUGGCCGCCGGUGGCCGCGGGACGCUGCUGUCCCCUUCGCCCCCGUUUCCUGUGUCCCCUCCGGGCGGGCGGGCGGGGGCUCCCCAGGACUGGACACCGCUGGCUGUGCAGGAGGGGGUAGGGGUGGCGGGACGCCCGGGCCGUGCCCUGCGCAGGCGCCGCAGACGGGCUGGACGGCGGAGGCCGCCACGGGCUGCCAAGCCAGUGGCCGGGGGGCCCCCGCGCCAAGGUAAACCCGCGCCAGAGCCGGGCCGGGUUGGGUUACGGGCAACCAGACCUGCUGCCCGGCGCAGUGGCCGCGCGCAAACAGACGGGACAAGGGCAGCGGGGACCGGCCAGGACACACACAGCGUCCCUCCGCGGCCCCGCCAGCAGGGCCCGGGAGCUCGAACCCUGCCCCCAUCUCAGCCCGCGGUGCGAGCGAGGCCUUCCUGCCCCCUCCCCUGUCCCCCGUCAGCAGCAGACCUGGGGGCAUCUUGGAAUGGGGGCCCGGGGCAGGGCGGGGCGUGGGGGGGACACACAGACCCCACCCCCCCUCCCGCAGAUUUUGCAAAUCAAAUUCACCCUUUGGAAAAUCAGAUUUUUUCCCCCACUAUAAUUUCCAUAUGCUUUCAAUAAGACCAGCACGGUGGGGCCGAAACGGUAGCACAGCGGGGAGGGCGUGACCCCCCCGGCACCCCAAAGGGUCCCCGAGCACUGUCAGGAGUGACCCCUGAGCCGAGCCAGGUUUGGCUCGAAAAUAAAGAAAAGUAAGCCUGGAAGGGCUGGAGUGAUGGCACAGCGGGAGGGCGCGUGUCCCGCUUACGGCUGGCCCGGGUUCGAUCCUUAGCACCCCCUGAGGUCCCCUGAGCACUGCUCAAAGUCAGCCCUGGGCCCUGCGGGGUGUUCCUCCCCCCCUCAGAAAAUACAAACCCCACCACGGUGCUAGUGAGAGAGUAGGUGGGAACGGCACCUGCUUUGCAAGCGAGCAACAUGGGGUCCCAUCCCCAGCACCCCCUACCUGCAGGGGUGAUCCCUGAGCACUGAGCCGGGAGUCAGCCCCAAGCACAGAGCUGGGAGUCAGCCCUGAGCACUGAGCCAGGAGUCAGCCCCAAACACAGAGCCAGGAGUGAUUCCUGAACACAGAGUCGAGUCAGCCGUGAACACAAAGCCAGG